AUGAAAAUCAUCAUUGCUCUUUCCCUCUUGGCGGUUGCCUUCGCCGCCCCUCAAGCCCCCUCGGAGCCGAUCCCAAUUCUUCGUCAAAACAGUGAAAGCAACCCUGAUGGUUCCUUCCAGUAUUCCUUCGAAACCGGAAACGGUAUAGCUGCUGAAGCCAGCGGAGGCCUGAAGGAUGUCGGCGCUGAAGAACCAGCUCUGCAAAUCCAGGGACAAUUCCAAUAUCCCAGCGAAGAUGGAAGCAGCAUCCAACUGUCUUACAUUGCAAACGAGAAUGGAUACCAACCCCAGGGAUCAAUCCUCCCCACCCCACCUCCAAUCCCUGCUGACAUCCAACGUGCGCUGGACUACCUUGCAACCGCCCCCCCUCAACCUCAACAAUAA